UUUACGAUGUCGUUCGGUGACAGUCAAUGUUGAACUUAAUAGAAAAUUGUUUCAUAUUUCGUUCUAAAUAGAUAAUGUGGUUGUCCUAUGGUUAAAGGCACCCUUAAAAAGGGUUAAAGUGUUAGUAAAACCUGUGCUGCGUAUCUCGAAGUAGCUAAGGUGAUUCGAAAACAUAUCCAAUAAAGAUGUGAAUUGUUAACUAGGAAUCAAGAACCAUUGUAGAAAAUAUUUUCAGUUCCUAACAGGAAAUUCCUUUAUUCUUCUAAUGCGUUGAAAUGUCAACAAAAUAUAAUGAAAAACUUUUUAAAUGGUUGUUUUUUGGGAUCUUAAGUAAUAACCAAUCCAUAAAUUUUAAUUGGACAAAGGAUAUUGAGACGAACUACCAAGAAGACUUCCCACAUAACAUUACACCACACCUCCUUAACAUGAGAUUCUCAUCACAUUCAUCUUAAUUUUUUACUUGCGUAAUUAUGAUUUUUUAUUGAUAAAUAUAUACUAAAUUAUAAUUAAUAAUUAUUAUAUUAAGGUUUAUAACCUGCUUCACCCUAAACAUUGGUGAUGAUAACUUUGAUAAUUUUGUUUUUAUGUUUUAAACAAUGUGUUUGUUUCGUAACAAUGUAUUAAAUAUAACCUUCUGCCCUGAAUAUAUACUUACUUCUUCCCAUCAACUUGUUUUAGAAUGGAUAAUAGAACUAAGCUCUACAUUGGUAGCUUUUCAUUUCACAAUUUGGCGACACACAAAUAAAUAAUAAAUAUACAUUAAUAUUACAUUAUGAUCCAUCACAGCCAAUGAUCACCACAAAAUUAUUAUUGAAGUUUAUAUCCAAAAUUGAACACGAAGCUUGUUUUCUUCAGGUGAAACUUAAGAAAAGUAAUUUAAUUAUAUUUCUGCUUCCAAAUUUUGAUCACUAAUGAAUAGUUAGCCCACUCAAAGAAUAAUAUCUACAACUGUCAAAAUAGUAAAGGUGAAGCUUCUCUGUAAUAAUACAAAAGUAAAUCUUCGAAUAAUGCAUUCGCAAUCACAUGCUGUCCAAAGGUCUGCUCCUCAGCAGGACUCAGCCUUUUACAAAGAAUUUAGCAUUCGACUUCCUAAAAAUGUAGCCAAAACAUAUCACGUUAUGCAUUUCAACGGCAAUCUUAACGUGAAUUUCGAAAAGUGGACCAGAGCCAAAAUGGAUCGAGAAAACAACAUGAAGGAACAUAACAGUGUUGAAAAAGACGAGCCUAAGUUUGGCGCCGACUCGGAAUAUGGCGCAGAAGCCAGACGGAAGAAGCUGGGCAUUGUUCCGAAGAAAUACAACGCCAACAAUCAACCGUGGCUAUUAGAUGCCGCCACCGCUGAUGGCACCAAAUCUAAAAAGUUUAAAAGUAUCCGGGACGAGGGUGUCUCAUCGAACGCCGCAUAUUACGUAUUCACACACGCUGACGAUGGUACAAUUGAGGCCUACCCCCUACGCGAGUGGUAUAGAUUCCAACCGAUUCUGAGAUAUAAUACGUUGUCGGCGGAAGAAGCCGAAGAAGAGUUCAGUAAAUGCAGCAACGUUUGGAAUCAUUUUUCUGUUAUGAUGAAAAAGCGUCUCAAGGUAGAUGAGGAAAUUGAUAUGGAGGAUGAAGAAAUGACCAAAAACCGUAGGCAUCUACAAAUAUCUGAUAUGGAUAGUUGGAUUGAUGGUUCAGACGAUGAUUCUGCGGAAGAGGUCAAAGAGGACGACGAUGAUGAUGAAGUAUUUGACUUGAAGAAUAAGAAAACUUUAAAAAAGAAGGGUCAAAAGAAACGUAACACUGACGUGGAAGCAUUUGAAGACUCCGAUGACGGGGAUGAAGAAGGUAGAGAACGUGACUACAUAAGUGACAGUAGUGACAGUGGGUCUGAAGACACAAAUUUGGAAGGUGUUGCUGAAGAAAAAGCACUAAGAAAACUGCUUAAUUCUGACGAAGAAACCAACAGUGAUUCUGAUGAAACCUUGAUUGGCACAGAUAGUUCAUCAGACGAGGAUGAUGAGAGUCCAGACAUGGUAGAUAUAAAGGUUGUUAAUGGGAAAAAACUAACUAGUAUUCCUGAUGGUAAAAAAAGAAGACGGAAGGAAGACACAUGCGAUGCCUUAAUGGAACCGCAAGUGAAGAAACCGAAAUUGAAACGAGAUGAUAAAAGGAAACGGAAGGAAGUGACUAGUGAUUCACCGCCAGUGAAGAAACCAAAGUUGACAAAUGAAUCACGCAACAAUGAAGAUGCUGUAAUACGAUUGAGAAGUUUGUUUUCUUUAAGUGAAACUUAAGAAAAGUAAUUUAAUUAGAUUUUCACAUUAUUGACCACUUAUUUUAAAACAUCUUUUAUACCAAGGUUUUUGUUUAUCAGAUUUUAAUAAAUUAAUUAAAAGAAAAAUGUUCAUUAUGUGGAUCCAGAAAUAUAAUUUUGAAAGAAGAUAAGGACACUCAAUGGCAUGAUUCAUUAAUAUGUGAUUAUCUCUUAGUUUUUGGAGGAAUUUAAGUGGUUCCACGUCGUUCAAUUCUCGGAAAAUAUUUGUUUUAAUUUGUUGGGUCUACUUGGUCUAAAAAAUUUUAUUUCAACAUAAUUAUUGUACAAUUCUGAAAUUAUUUAUAACUUUUAAAAAUCAAUUUAUUAACUCAAGUUUACGAAUAGUGCGAAAAAGUCAUAAUUAAUUUAACUGAAUUUCUAACUAUUUUGUUAAUAAAGAAGAAACCCUCAAACAUGAUAAAAAUUGAAAACUCUCCGUAUUUUCGAUAUAGGAACAUAAUUUUCAACAUUGAAUAUCGAAAAUAAAUCAACCAUUUUUAAUUUAUUGUCAAUACCUUAUAGAUUUCAUACCGAUAGUUUUGUGUUUGCUGUUAUUAUAUUUCUGAACAAUUUUUGAUAGUAAAUUUAUCCUUCCACAUCAUACUUUUUAAUGGCCUAAUAAGACAUUCCACAAUUGAAACCUUUUUCUCUAUAUAUUUACUGUAAUGAUUGACAUAUUUAUUAUUGAAACUCAUUUUGGUAUAAUCACUAUUUUAUAUAAUUUCCGUUAUAAUUACAUAAAAUAAUUAAUUACAUCUAAUUGUCGUCCAAAUAAUGAAAUUAAUAUUGUUUUGGUUAAUAAAAAAGGUUCUGGUUUAAUGAAAUACAGAAUUUAUUGGAUCAAAAUCAAAAAUGGAUUUAAUAUUAUAAAAAUUUUAGUGAGAGAAAAAAAAAGGAUAAGGUAUCAGAGGCAGCGCAUCCACCAAAUUUUUAACAGCCAUCUAAACUGUUUAUUAUUAAAAUAAAUAAAAGGCACGUUAUUUAAAAUAUGUCAUGUCAAUUUUAUUUGAUGACGAUGUCGGAUACUAUCUAAAUUUUCCUAAAAUAUAAUAAAAGUGAAAAAUAAGUGAAAUUUUGUUUUUUAUUAAAAGGAGUCUUACACCUUCAAACAAUUUUUAUUGCCUCAAUUAUUAUUGAUUUAAUUUACGGAUAAUGAGAAGUUUUUAUAUUGAUCUUUAAAUGCGAUAUAUUCUGCUAUAUAUUUUAUUAAAUUGUAGUCCUGAUACCUUAUUUCCAUAGUAACAAUUCUUUUGUAGAAAAUGUUGAAUGUGUUCAUCGGAAAUACAUCAUUUAUGUUAUUCAUGAGCAAACACUCUUAAAUAAAAAUCAAGAGUGUGCCUUAAUUUUAUUCAACUGUAUGAACGAAAUUAUCUCAUUUCAAAGAAUUCUUCAGCAGAUGAUACAGAAUCUACGGUGUUAAAGAUCUAGAUAAACUGUAACACUCACACUGUACUAUAUACUAAAGGACUAUAUACUAAAGUAUAUACAGCAAUUUUAAAGGCUAAAGAUUAAUAUAGUUUUACAGUAUCUCAUAAAUU